AAAACUUAAUAAUUAUUCUGGCAAGUAAAUGACAACACCAGAUCAGUUUUUGAUUCAUUACACUCCGGACAAAUGAAUGGAGCGGACAACAACGGAAUAAAAGCCAUUCUACGAAGUUAGUGAAUUCUUUAAGUAAAAUGAGUGAUGCUAACGCAACCGUCGUUCGCAUGUUUGUGUUCUUCUUCAUUGUGAAUGUGUUAGUGUUAAAUGUAGUAAAUGCUGAACAGUCAUCAUACAGUAAAGUUGCUAAGUCAAGUACCAUAGAUAAUACAAAUAAAAAUUCCGAUGGACCCCAAAUUCAUCGAGCACUGUCAUCGGACCUUUGGUUUCCCGAAAUCUUCAAUAAAUCGCAAACAAUUUCACCAAUUGAAUCGAGCAGUAGUGGACGUGCGUCACCCGAUUCAAGGCCAUUCCCUUUCCCUCUGUUGAAUGCUGGCAAAUCAUCGGCUCCAGCACAAAGAAAAAUGGAUAAAUCGAUUCCAUCGAAUCACCGAUACGAACGCAUUUAUCCGUCCUACUCACCUUCGUCGUCGGCAUCCACAAAAAAAGUAGCACAAGAUCGUUACUUCCCAGGACAAGCAUCUUAUGCCUUUGUACCUCCAAAAGAGAGGCUUUAUGGCUCUAAUAAAGAUCCUCCCCAAUCAGCUUCGAAUGAUUCACCUCAAACGGCCUACGUUGCACCAAAGGAUUUGUACUCGUUUCCCCCCAAUAGUCAGGUGAUAUAUCCAUCUCCUGCAUCUCCAGCUCCACAGCCAAAUAAUCCAGUUAGCAGUUAUUUACCCGCUGCCGCUGGUCCUAUAAAUAAUCCUACAGACGAUUCAUUCAUUGGUCCAGUGAAUCCACAAUUCAUGCCAGCAACGAAUUCAAAGGGAAAUGCGAAAGAUAAAGACAACUCAAAUGAAAUGGAUGAUUUGAGGGACAAUCAGAGCGGUGAUAAUGAUAUGGGCGGAUUGAACGGCGGAGGCAGUGGCAUAAUUAGUGACACUCCACCACCAUCGAGUCCAGAUAUGGAUCAUGACCAUCACCAUGAUCAUCAUCAUCAACCUGAUAUUAUAUUCGAUCACGAUCAUGACCAUGAUCAUCAUCCAGAUAUUAUAUUAGAUCACGAUCAUGAUCACCAUGAUCAUCAUCAUGCACCGCCACUUUAUAUAGAUCAUCCACCGAGUCACGAUGACAUUUUCUCGUCUGUAUCGGGUCCAGAUCAUGAUCACGAUCACUUUGGUUCUCAUGGAAUUGAUGCAUCACCGGAAGUGAUAUACGAUCAUUAUCCUCAUGAUCACCAUCAUCAUCCUCCUCCUCCUCCGCCACCACCUCCUCCUCCUCCACCACCACCACCUCCACCUCCUCCUCCACCACCACCACCAGAUACACCAAGAGUAACGAAGUACUCGUACUUCUACUUAGGACGAAAGCUGUGGUACAUUCCUUUAUAUUUCACUGUUUGGUUUACGUUUUACAUUACCUACCUCAUUCUGAAAUCUAUUGGACGUCACAAGGUCGAUCUGCCAAACCAUUUACAAAAGAGAAGCAUAAUACUGGCGCCACACAACGAAGCAGUGCAAAAAGUGGACAAAUUAACGGCAUUUGUAAUGACACAAAUCGAAGAUUUCAAGGAUAAAUAUCUGUAAGGAAGAUAUUAGCACGCGUCAAACGAUCAAACGAAAAGCAAAAUCCUGACGAGAGUAGUAUUUAUCAUUAAGGAACAUCGCAUUUUUGGUUCUACCUCCAAGAUUACUCACUUUGUGAUUUUGCUUUUCAUGUACUUAAGUUUUACGAAUAAAUCGAAUUCUA